UGUUUUUAUUAUUGUGUGUCAUUUUCGACGUUUGCGAUGGAUACAUGAUAACAUCCACGAGAACAUUAAAAACAUAUAUCUGUCGAUUUCUUGAAAAUACUAAAGAAAUGGUUCGUGAUCAAUAGAGUUUUGCUGAUUCGAUUGUUUCGCAAGCUGUGUAACUGCGUCAAGAGUUAUUGUUGUCAUAUAAAAUAAAGGAUUAAUCACAUCGCAACAAAGGAAUCAUUCAUCGAAAAUGGAGGACAACCAGAGCAUGGAUGAUAUCGAACAAAACUUUUUAACACAAUUCAGUUCAAUGGUGACUACUGACAAGGAAGAUCUUAUUAAGCAGUUCCAAACAAUAGGAGAGAAUCUGAAUUAUUCUACAGCAACAUUUUUCCUGGAUAUGAGUAACUGGAAUCUACAAACCGCUGUAGGAUGUUACUUCGAUUUCAUGGCAUUCUCGCGAGUUCCUUCAAUGAAAGUUUUGAAUGACCUCACUAUUGGAAAAGACGAGAAAGUCACCCCGAAUACUCCGAUCAUUAAAAUAUCUACAGAUUUCCAGUUAUGUUGGCUUUUACAAAACAACGGGGAAUCGAGUUGGCCCGAUGGUGUGUACAUGAAAAAUGAAGAAGAUAGUAGGAAAUAUUUUAUGCCUGCGUUAUCACCAAAUGAUACGGCGACAUUAACAGUUGAUCUUGUUAGUCCAGCUACUUUAGGUUCGUUUGUAUCUAGAUGGUUUCUGCGUACAGCGAAUGGAACUGUUUUUGGAGAACCAAUUUCAUCCACUAUUGAAGUAUGUGAAAGCGGCACUCUCGCCAUAACUCAACGGUUGGCACAGUUGCAAACUGUGAGCUCAUCUGAUGUAGAAAUAGUUGAUAGUCAACCGGAAAUUGAACAGAAUGCGCAGUCUGGAACAUUGGAGGAUACAGAAAUGUGGGGUUGAAAGUACAAAUUUCAUGAGUGCUGAUUGAUAUAUUGAAUUUAUUGAUACGUUUAUUGAUAAAACCGCGAGAUCAAAACUUUAUCAAAAUAUAAGUUUUUACAAUUAAA